AUGGCAGAAAGAGACAAGCGAUCAAGCCGGGCCGUGGACUCCGACAAGAUGACCCACUCUCCCCCAUUGAUGUUCGUUCUGGUUAUGGACACACCACAAGCAAUCAUUGCAACGGCGACACAACAAAACAUCAUCCCAGUUGCAGACAGAAAGAUACAAGGGCCAGCCAUUUCUCUUUAUGCGGAUGAUGCAAUCAUUUUCUUUCCCCCGGAGACACAAAGCAUACUAGCAAUCAAAGAGAUCAUGCGAGUGUUUGGGGCUGCCACAGGUUUGAACCCCAACUUUAGUAAGAGCUCUAUCACACCAAUUCGGACUGACCAAGCACAACUGACAGAUGUUCAGACAAUCCUCGGCUGUCAGAUAAAACAAUUACCGAUCACUUAUCUAGGGCUACCACUUUCCCUGAAGAGGUUAACAAAACAUGAUUUGCAGCCACUCAUGGACAGAAUCUCCAAGAAGGUUAGCGGUUGGAAGCCGAAGAUGCUCACGCCGGGCGAUCGCCUGAUUCUCAUUAAGACAGUGCUCAUGGCUUUGCCGGCGCAUCUCUUAUCGGUUCUAGAGUUACCAAAAUGGGCAGUCAAAGAUAUAAACAGAAAAUGUCGGGGUUUCUUGUGGAAGGGACAAGAAGAGCACGCUCCUUGCUCGCUUUGUCGUUGCGCCCCCUCCCCGCUUUCCUCGCCCACCCGCAACCAGUCCUCCCACCACGCCCUCCUCCCGGGCCAGGCAUUUCCACAAACACCACGCGUGCACCUCCGCGCCGCCACCUCCUCGCCGCGCGCCGCCUCCUCCUCUCGGCUCACGAACGCGGAGAACCUCGUCACGGAUUUUGAAGGCUCGCCGCUCGCGUACCACGUCUUGGGCCACGUGCGCGCCGGGCUAGGGGAGGCCGAGGCGGCGAUCGAUCCCCUUUGCCGCGCCAGGGAUCUCGCCCCGGGCGACCUCGGCAUCGCCCUCACCCUCGCCAAGACGUACGCCGCCAGGGAGCAGUUUGAUCAGGCGGUAAAAGAGUGCAAGCGCGCGCUCAGCCUCGGUAACGCUGAUCUCGUCGACCCGGGGCUGCACGGCGUCAUCGAUUUGCGCCAGAUGGACUGGAGCAAAAAGGCGCGGUCCGCGCGGCUCUCCGUUGCCAAGAAGCAGCUCCAGAAACUCCUUGCCGAUUGCUCGUCGAGCCAGAAGGAACCGAGCAACACGGACUGGAACCACGCCAGCGACCACUUUCGCGAGCAGGUCUCGGCCGUGCUCACCGGAGCAAGCCUGGCUGCGCGGGCCGCACCGGAGAGGGAUGCCGUCAAGUCUGGCACGCUCUCUCGCGCGGAGGACAUUGCCAAGGAAUGGCGAGGCUCGCCGCUCGCGCUCCACGUCUCGGGCCACGUGCGCGCCGCGCUCGGGGAGGUCGAGGCGGCGCUGGACCCCCUUUGCCGCGCCAGGGAUCUCGUCCCCGGUGACCUCGCUAUCGCCUUCACCCUCGCCAAGACGUACGCCGCUAGGGAGCAGUUUGAUCUGGCUGUAGAAGAGUGCGAGCACGCGCUCAGCCUCGGUGACGCUGAUCUCUCCGACCCGGGGCUGCACGCCGUCUUCGAGUCGCGCCACUUGGAACCGCGCAGAGAGGCGCGGAUCUCCAUUGCCAAGCAGCAGCUCAGGGAACUCCUUGCCGAUUGCUCGUGGAAUAUCGUCGUCCCGGUGACCCGAGAUCGUUGGAACUGCAUGAACGAGGAGGAGCGCCGCAGUUUCCUGACAGUGUGUAUUGAGGAGAUGGUAGCUUACUAUGCUAAGUCGUCUGAGCAGCGUCAGAUGAGAGCUCUCAGUGUUGCAGUGGACUUUGCGAAGGAUACCAGAAAAUGGAUUUGCUGGCUGUGCCCUCAAUGCAAAAUGGUUUUCCUCACCGUGGAGUCCUUCCAAUCGCAUGUCGAGGAUGAGGUCUCCCAGUCCCAGGAGCUCAAAAAGUCGCUGUUGCUUGUGCCGAAGAGAAUAUCUGACGAACAGGCAGAGUUUAUUAAAACUUGGACUGUACCAUCUGAUGUCAGUCCUACCGAACAAGCUGAGAGAGAAAAGAUCAAGAAUACAUUUAAGCACCUGAUGGAUCAGAGGGCCCUAUCUGCUGAUCUUUUCAACAACUUGGUCAAAUACAUGAAGUUCUGGAUUGGUGAAACAACAGAUCAUCCUCAAAAUCUUAGCUGCAUUACUUCAUUGGAUCCUGUAGGGUUUCAGGUGCUGGGAACUUGUCUGGAUUUGCUCAUACCUGGAUUGAGGGUUGGUGAUGCCGUGCAGCAUAGUUUGAACCAUUCUGAUGUGGCAGUUGAUCAAGACGCUUUCUCUCCAUCUAUAAGUAUUGACAUUGAAGAGAAUGUGUUCAGAAUUGCUGAUUGUUCGAGCAAUCAAGAUGCUCUGUUUAGCUGGUUAUCUAGACCUUCGACCCAAGACCCAUUUACUUCAUGGAUCAGCAUGAGACAAGCCUGUCUAGACAAGGGAACUCAUGUCCUCGAAAAGUUAAAUGGAUGUGCCACUGUGUUGAUAGAGAAAAUCAAGCCGAAAUGUGGCUCAAUAGAGAUGGAUAAGCAUGAAAAUUAUUUUAGUACAAAGGUUAAGGUAGAUAUUGAGAUCAUGAAAUUGGAUGCCGAAGUUGAUAAUUUUAAGAAAAAGCUCGUGGAAGUCUGUACUUGUGAUUAUUGUGAAAUCAUAUUACCAGCUAUGAAGGAUUACCUAUGGGCAAAGCUGUGUAAUGAUUCACCUCAAGAAGUCUUACAUUUUAAGCAUGGAGCUGAGGCAAGUACUGAAAACAGAGUUUCAGUUCGAGAAUAUAUUAAUGUAACAAUUGCUCCUGAAAUAGUCUUGCAAGAAGAUGAUGAAAAAUGUGUCAAGGACAAUAUAAAGGGUGGAGAUUCAACUGUGCCUCACGAUAAUGUUGUUAAAGUGCUUCCAGGCGAUAGUAAAGUAUUGCAAUCUGACAAGAAGCCUGAGUUGCCUCCAAGAGCUAACGAAAACACCUUGGAAAGCCCAGAGAAUACUCCUAUGGAAAAGGAAAAUAAGACUUCCUCGCCAUCUGGUUACUCUUGCCCUAUUGAAGGCGGUGCAAGGGCUUCCAACAAUAGAGUAACUGGAACUGUCUAUAGUGAAAAUGAACUGAAGUCCUUGUAUCUGACUCUUCUGUCAUUGUGGCACUUAAAGCCCUUCAGUGAUAAGUACAUUGUGAAAGCACGCCUAUACCCUCAUUUUGGAGUUUCUGGAGAAGACUGUAUGAUGUGCAACUUGUUCUACAUUUUCUCUGCUUUUACUGAUACGGAUGACUCCAAAUCAACUCCUCAACUGAAACAGUUUAUAACUUCUUUGAUCAAAUUUUUGAAUCGUGCGAAUGUUUCAUUGAAGGAAAUAAAAAAUUUGGCAGCCAAAUUUACAGAAAUAAUUUUUAACAUGGUGCAUACAUCAGAAACUGCUACUCGUGUCAGCAAGAACAGUGAAGAACCUGUGUACAGAACUAAACUCUUUUCUGUUUGUCCUGAUCAUGUAUGUCUUUCACAUGGACUUUUUGGGAUGCACAAGAAUGCAAGGGAAUCCACAUAUUUUCUCAACAUUGGUGCAAGUGAACUGCAGAAUAUUGAGAUGAAAUCUUUUGACGAUGUCAUAAAAUCUGUGGACAAGAAGUUUCACUAUAAUUCGGAGAGUAAUGCUGCCCAUAAUCAUCCACCACGGUUCUUCACAACUGCUUUUAGUUAUCCAAGUGAGAAUGAUAGCCUUUUGGAUUUGUCUGGAUUAUUGCUCAGUAUUGCUGCACCCCUGGACAUUAGUCCUGUUUAUGAAGGCCUGCAGUCAGAAUGCAAGUAUACUAUGGUUUCCGCGGUAUUUCGUGCUGAGGGGCAAGACAUCUGCUUUACGCGACAAGAGGAGAAGUGGCUUGUAUAUGACAAAACAAUCGGAACAGUCAAGGAUUUUGAUUCAUGGGAGAAAGUGCUUGAUGAAUACAGUCGUUCUCGUUCCCGUCUCUAUCCUCAGAUAAUCUUCUUCGAGCGUUCAUAUGUUCUAGCCCACUGAUGGAGCUAAAACUUUACAAUUCUAAUCGAGGGCUCUUUGAUUCCGAGUAAUCACCUUUUUAGUUAGUAGCAUACAGACAGUUUGAUUAUUGAAAGCGAAUUUUAUAUGUUCAGUGUCGAUAUGGCUUUCGUCUCCGUAUGCCUUUAUCUUUAGCUUAUAUAGUUCUACCCAGGGUUCCCGUUAUCGCGGUAACCGAAGCCUCCGCAGGAUAUGAUAUGGGAUAUCCCGCUGUUUUGAGUUUAAAUUUAAGGAAGAUUUAAAAGUUUUG